AUGAUGAGACAGGCCAACUGUCAGUGGCCAUGACAGCACCGGGGGUACCACACGUGCCGCCGACGCCCUCCUCCGUAACCACCAUCACCAACAUUACCAAACACCUGUAUAACUCUUCUUACUAUACUUGGUAAGCCUGGCCCAGUGCAUGGGCCAGCAAGAGCCAGCACCGCGCCGCUAGACAAAGAGGGAAGCCUAGGCAAGCCUCGUCCAGUAUAUUUCAGAACACAGAACAAAUAUAUUAUUGUAACUACAGAAACAUGGAUAUAUGAAGAAAACUGAGCAACAAAUAUCAACCCAGAACUAAGUCAACUCUCAUGCUAGGGACGGUUGAGGGCCACAGGGCGUGACCGUGACAAGACUGAUCUUAUCGAGACCCUGAAAAUACUAAACAAUUUGGAGAAUAUUAAUUUAAUCGAGACCACUCCUUUGAAAGAUCAAAUGUAACACAAACAAGGAGCAGCGGUUCCAACCUCAAGUCAAAUUCAGGGAAAACAGAGGCAGUAGGUGAUGAUGCCUGGGCGACUGGGUUUGGGAGUAAGAAGGACUCGCUGGUCCGUGGUCUUGUCCGUCCUGGGCGUCGGUUGGCUCGUUGCUACCUCCAUCACCGCCUUCGGCAUGUACAUGAUCGCCUGCCAUGCUAACUUCCCUCCGCAUGGCUCUGUUACCAAGACUACCUCCAGGCAAGGCAGCGAAAUCACUCAAGAAAAGACAAGUGGAAGAACUGAGCACGCCCAGUGGGGCGGAUGUGAAGGCGGAUGGACGCUGGAGGAGGGUCACGUGGUGCUGGUGGUGGGUUCCCUCCUCAACAUGGUGCUCCUGGUCACCAUGUUGGUCCUCCUCGUCCACGAGCGACGCGUCCUCAUCAUCGCUAAGGACCCGCCUCCGGACUACGAGUCGCUCAUCAAGGCUGAGACGCCGCCCCCGACCUUUGCUGACCUGCACCUCAACGACUCCUUCACUGUCGCCUGCACCCCCACACAUCACUCACCACCCACCCAAGUCUCCACCCACGAUCCGGGAUCCAUCCAUGUCUCCAUUGACGACCUUGUACCCACCUAUAUCUCCACCCAUGAUCCAGCACCCACCUAUAUCCCCACCCACGACCUUGCCCCCAUCCACGACCCGGUGCCCACCUCUUUCCCUGCCCACCCUCCUCCCAUGGUACCGGUAUACCCAGCACCAUCGUGAAGAGUCUCCCAUGACAAGUUAUGCCUCAAUUUCAGCAUGAUACAGAUUAAUUUAUUGUAACCUUAUUGUAUCUUGUGACGUUAGCUGUAAUACACGUUAGUAUCGCAAGUGUUGCUACGUGUUGCUGAAGUCAGGUGUCUUGCUAAGUAAAUAGUUAAACAAUA